AUGGAGAAGCCAUCGAGAAGGAAACCACAAAACGAAAAGGCUGUGGUGUGCAAUAACAGAAAUCAGGCACAUGUUGUGAUAUCGCGAUUGUCUUCUCAACAAAACAACAAGUUUUACGAGCCAGGGCUGUGGUCAACAUCGAAACCUCGAGUUGAUAUCGAUGUUUCUGCUUCUCCAAGAUCCAUCGAGAUCUGGGGUGCCGCUACGUCAUACUCUGGGGUGCAAGUGGUGCGUUCUCGCGACACCCCAGAAUCUCCAAAUCUCGCAGAUCUUGCGCUCAAAGAGCCCGCAUCGGAAGAUCACGACGCGGCUAUAGAUCUGGGCAAUGAGAAUGGAAUUUUCGCAUUCUUUGGUGCUGAUGCGCUGUCGAUGAUGCAAACGGGUUGUAGUGUUUUGAUGUCGAGACGAGGUCAUCUCGCCCGUCUAUGA